AUGGCGUUAACUGUUCUCCCAAACGUCUCCGUCCUUGUGUCUAUCUGGCUGGAGACGCUGUUCUAUGGGAUAUACGUUGUUGUAUUCAUGAUGGCUUUCUGGAUCAUAUGUAACAGACGCGGAACGCACUUCUCCAGUCUCCCUGUUGCUGGAAUCACGGUCUUGAUGUUCUGCAUCUGUACCGCACAUGUGGGAGUCAACUUCACCCGUCUCAUUCAGGCGUUCAUCCUACCGGAGACGAAGGAAGAAACGUUGAAAUACCUGUAUGAUCUGACGCAGCCGACCAAUAUCGCAAAACAGGCCCUGUGGGUGUGUAACAACCUCCUUGCGGACUCCGUUAUUGUGUGGCGUCUAUGGACGGUCUGGGGGAAUCGAUGGACGGUGUGCAUUCUGCCUGUAAUCCUUCUGCUUAGUACCACAGCUUUCGGGAUCGCUGUUUUAGCAACUUUUUCCGAAAUCAACGUCCGCAGUUCCAUCUUCACCGUGCGGUUUACGCAGAGAGCUACUGCCCAGUACGCGUUCUCGCUCUGCAAUAACGUAGUUACGACUGCGUUAAUCGCUGGUCGAAUCAUGUGGGUUACGGACGGGAUGAAAGGGAUGUUCGAUGGCGCGCAGCGCAAGUAUUGGCGCGUCAUCCUCGUGGUCAUCGAGUCGGGAGCGGUGUAUGCAUUCACACAGAUCAUACAGCUCAGUUUCUACGUGUCAAAGUUUCCGGGAAUUUAUUUUGUGGCUGACUCAUUUGUACAGAUCAUGGCAAUUGUCCCCACCAUGAUCGUUGUAGUCGUGGGAAUGGGGUUUACCUCGACUUCUCCGAGCUUGACCGUUCAGGGAGGUCGGACCACCGCCGGUACCGGAAGUAUCGUAUUUGCUGGGCCACCCCUCAACGAUAGGUCCGAACUAUCGAUUGAAUUGGCCGUGGGGCAACAAAGCUCGCAUGGCCUAACAGAUUCGACUCUCGGGAACUCUCAUUCCAAGUUGCAGUGGCAGACCACUAGCGAAGUGUGA